GUCACAUCAGUCUAUAAGGGCAUUUUUUUUAACUGUAGAUCAGUGGAAUAAACAGCUGAAAUUAUAUCAACAUACCAUUCGAUUAAAUCCAAUGUAGUUUAUCAUGAGAAAUACAUGUCUAAUGCAACAACAACAAAACACAUGUAAAAGCAACCCUUCUAGAAAAGUGAAGAAUAUUCUAAACAUGUCUCUUUGACACCUGGCGGAUGGAAGGUGCAACAACAGAAUCAGCAGCAGACGUUUCCUUACAGCCGCAUUCUACGAGCCACCAGAGGCAAAAAGGAGUGACUUGCACAGUUUUGAAAGCAAGCAGGGAAAAUGGCAGACGCCGAGGACGAGAAGCUACCGUCCGGAUGGGAAAAGCGGAUGAGCCGCAGUUCCAGUAGAGUGUACUACUUUAACCACAUCACCAAUGCCAGCCAGUGGGAGCGUCCGGUGGGGUCAGGUGAUGGGAGUGGCGAGCCAGACAAGGUGCGUUGUUCCCACCUCCUGGUGAAGCACAGCCAAUCGCGUCGCCCGUCCUCCUGGAGGGAGGAGAACAUCACGCGCUCCAAAGAGGAGGCCCUCGACCUCAUACAAAAGUACAUAGAGCAGAUGCAGUCAGGAGAGGAGGAGUUUGAGGCUUUGGCCUCUCAGUUCAGUGACUGCAGCUCCGCACGCAACGGAGGAGACCUGGGACUGUUCGGCAGAGGUCAGAAGCUGUUUGAGGACCUGUCCUUCGCUCUGAAGGUGGGAGACAUUAGUUGUGAUAGAGGUGUGUGUGUGUGUGUUUCAGGUCAGAAGCUGUUUGAGGACCUGUCCUUCGCUCUGAAGGUGGGAGACAUUAGUUGUGAUAGAGGUGUGUGUGUGUGUGUUUCAGGUCAGAUGCAGAAGCCGUUUGAGGAUGCGUCCUUCGCUCUGAAGGUGGGAGACAUGAGUGGUCCGGUGUUCACCGAUUCUGGAGUUCACGUCAUCCUUCGCACGGGAUAGAGACAAGGCUCUGAUACCCCCAUCACCCCCCCGAAUUUCCUCAUCACCCCCCAUUACCCCCGAAUACCCCCAUUACCCCCUGAAUACCCCCAUCACCCCCUGAAUACCCCCGAAUACCCCCGAAUACCCCCUAUA